AUGUUCCGAACGCUUCAAUCGCUGAAAACCGCCCGAUUUCCGUCGGUCCAGAUCCGCCAGAUCACCGUGGGCACCGCCAACCCCCGCUACCACGUCCAUCUGCUCGACAAAGACACCACGGAUAAGUUCCGACAAAAGUUCAAGCAUCUUCGAGACGUGGACUCUAUCACCGCCACCGUGUCGCUUUCCCCGGACCCUCUGGCCGUCUUUUGCGCCUCCACGUCCAUCUCUCCCAUCAAGAAGACGCUUCUAGACCCCAAAGAAUCGCCUCUAAGACACACCAUCUAUCGACCGGACGCCGAUGAAGAUCACACCCACAAGGAGACCCGAAUCUACUCGCUCAAGGAGUUCCAGACCCUGUACGGCCAGGACUCCGUCACCGACGCCGAUUGUCUCUCUAACCUGUACUGCGACCCCCGAGUGUUCGACAAAGGCAACUCCGACUUCCUCAAGGUGCUCAACGAGGUGCUCAAAAAGGACGCCUACAAGGACCCCCAGGUCAAGGACUUUGCUGCGGGCCAGGUCUUUUCUAUUUUGCCUCCCCAGAAGCAAAAGAAGGGCUCUGCCCCCGGCGGAACCCUUUACAUCCCCGUGUUUGACAACAGAAACCCCCCCAUGCAGGCUCGAGUUCCCGACGUCCAGGACACCAUGGGCAUGAUUGUGGUGGAUUACGAGGGCAAGAUCAACCCUGACACCUAUGAGGAGAACUUCCAGUACAGAAUCAUCACUCCCGACGGACCCCCCCAGCUAUCGGACUACAUCUACCCCAAGGUGAAGAAGGUGUGCGAGGAGGCCAACUAA